CCUGGGCCAGGCCUCGGGGACAGUGUGACGGGCGCCCCGCGCAGGAGGAGGGUCAGGACCGAGUCCCAGGGCCCAGGCCUGCGCUCAGGGCUCCGCAGGGGACAGAGUCUGGGGGUGCAGCUCCGUGUGGGGGACUCCCCAGCGCCUGGGUUUCACUUCUCCUCUCCCAACCUGUGUCGGCGCCUCCUUCCUGGAGACUCGUGACGCGGCCACACUUCUCACUCCCAUUGGCUGAGCGGUUUCUAGCGCAGCCUAUCAGCGUCCCCGAGGCUCCCGGUUAUAACUCCUCUGCGGAAGGGUCCGGACUCAGAUCCUUCCUCGACGCCAAGGAUGCGGGUCCUGAGGCCCCCCACCCUCCUCCUGCUGCUCUCGGGGGCGCUGGUCCUGACCCCCAGCUGGGCCGGGUCUCACACCUUCCAGAGGAUGAUUGGCUGCCAAGUGGGACCCGAUGGGCGCCUCCUCCGCGGGUACCUGCAAUACGCCUAUGACGGCUCCGACUACAUCGCCCUGAACGAGGACCUGACCUCCUGGACCACAGCUGACAUGGCGGCUCAGAUCACCCUGCGCAACUGGGAGGCGGUCGGUGGGGCAGAGCUUGUGAGGAGCUACCUGGAGGGGGAGUGCAUGGAGUGGCUCCAAAUUCACCUGGAAAAAGGGAAGGAGACCCUGCAGCGCACAGACCCUCCAAAGGCACACGUGACCCACCACCCGGUCUCUGAGCGUGAGGUCACCCUGAGGUGCUGGGCGCUGGGCUUCUACCCUGCGGACAUCAGCCUGACCUGGCAGCGUGACGGGGAGGACCAGACCCAGGACAUGGAGCUGGUGGAGACCAGGCCUGCGGGGGACGGCACCUUCCAGAAGUGGGCGGCCGUGGGGGUGCCCCCUGGAGAGGAGCAGAGAUACACAUGUCAUGUGGAGCACGAGGGGCUGCCCGAGCCCCUGACCCUGAGAUGGGAGCCGCCUUCUCACACCUUCUUCAUCAUCAUCAUCAUCGUGGGCUUCGCCGGGGUCCUGGUUCUGCUGGGCGCUGUGGCUGCAGCUGUGAUGUGGUGGAGGAGGCGCUCAGCGUGAGGCAGCUGCCUUGUGGGGACUGAGUGUUGGAAGAUGUUCACGCUCCCACUUCCUGACUCAAGAACCUCUUAUUGGGGGGCUGGCCCCGCCCUGCUCCCCACACUUUCCUGUUGCAGAGUCGGGCUCUGCCCUCCCCAUCCCUGCCUUUACUCCCUGGGGCUCUGAGCUGCCACUUCCUGCUCCGUAUUGAAAAUAGACUCUGAUGUGACUGUG